AAGAGCACCUACACUUCCCUAUGUUCUUGUUUUUUUUGCUUUCUAUCUUAGCCCCUUUGACACUUUUUCCACCCCCCAUCUGGUCUCUUCAUAGAAAUUUGCGUUAUAGGAGCUUUUUCUCCCAUUGCUUGUUAUUCUUGCCUCCCAUCCAUAGCUAAUCUACAAAACCAGCAGUGUUUUCUAUUGCGCUCAUAUGUUCUGACUAUUGUUAGCAAGAAAUUCCCACAACCAUCCAAUCUAUAUACACUCUCUUCAGGAAGCAAAAGAAAACCCUGAUGUUCAAAUUGUUAAUAAGUUAAAAAUCCUGUUUUCUUGAACAUUGGUCAUGGCAACUCUAGGUAAUCCGAAAGCUUGGAUACCAUAUAUCAACAGCAAAGACUGUUCUCAAGGCUUUUGCAACCCAUCCUGUCCACAAUGGUGUUACAUCAUUUUCCCUCCUCCACCUCCCUUUGAAUUCCCAGAAGACAAUUCCAGUACACCAAAUUUCUCUCCUCUUGUUAUUGCCAUCAUUGGCAUAUUGGCAAGUGCUUUCCUUCUUGUAAGUUACUACACACUAAUUUCCAAGUAUUGUGGCAAAGUGGAUUCGGCAACAAGAGAAGUUUAUGACAACAAUGAAGAAUUGGAAGAAAAUCACAGCCAGUUGAUCCAUGAACCAUGGCAUGCUGCAACUACUGGCUUAGAUGAAGCUCUUAUAAAGUCUAUUACAGUAUGCAAGUACAAGAAGGAAGAAGGGUUGGUCGAAGGCAUUGAUUGCUCUGUUUGUCUCAGUGAGUUUCAAGAAGAUGAAAACUUAAGACUUUUGCCAAAGUGUAGUCAUGCUUUCCAUCUCCCAUGCAUUGAUACAUGGCUCAAAUCCCACUCGAAUUGCCCUCUAUGUCGUGCUAAUAUAGUGUCUUUCAAUGCCGCACCACUUCCAUUGCCGGCGCCGGUGACAGAAACACCUUCAAGUAAUGAAACUUUGCCUGCAGCAACCCAGCAGGGAAAUGAAAACGAAGCGGUUGCACAAGACAUAGAAAGCUGUGUUAGGCAAGAAGAAAUGAUGCAUGGUGAUAUUAUUCCAAAGAGCCCAUUACGCGCUUUUAGUGAUCUGGGCAAUUCAGAAGACAGAGAUACCAUAAUUGAGAUUAGAGAUAUUGGAGGACUUGAACAUAUUAGAAGAUCGUUUUCCAUGGAUCUUUCUUGCCAAAGCCGUCUUUCUGUUGCUGAUAUUUUGUGCAUGAAUCAAGAUGAAGAUGUGCUCCAAGUGGUGGAAUGCCCUGGAGAUGCUGGCUCAUCGAAGCAAUUAGCAGGAGAAACUGGCAAGUGUAGCCAUAAAAACAGGGCCUUGCAUUGUGCAAUGAGUCCUGUUGCAAUGAAGAGAUCAUUUUCAAGUGGCAGAGUCUUUCUCCCAAGGCAUGGGAGAAGACGGAACACUACUAUUCCUAUCUGAAAAAUAUGAAUUUUAGAAAAUUUUGGUGUGAGGAUAUAGAAAUUAGUUAUUAAUUAUCCUAUAUAGUGUCUAUCAGUGUGAGAAAUUAAUGUACUUCUCUCUAAAAUGAGGGAUAGAUAUAUCUCAAUGUUUUGUUGACCCUUUCAGUUUCAAGAUGGUUUCAUCAAUAUGGGUUCAUGGUGCAGUCAAAAUCAGAUACAAAUAUUCAAUGGCUUAAGUAUGUCAUUUGGAACCAAGUUUUACCACUUGUUCCUAUGUUUUGUUGAACA